CUCAGCACUCCUUAUCGGACACGGUACCGGUGUCCACGGGGUAGAAAACGAUAGAUAAAGGUGCGUUACAGGGUGGAACCGAUUUCAAACACAAACAGUCGAUUCAGUGGUGACGACGCGCGUUCGAGCUGGUGAUCAUAAUGGUGCAUCCUUUCGGUUCGGUUCUAGCACUGCUUCCUCUCUUGGCAGCAAGUGUACAGUGUGUGGUGGUAGUUAAACCAGCGGCGCAAACCAACCAACUCCUAGAAAACGAUCUAGACGAAUGGGUACGCAUUCCAACGUUGGUCGACGAAUGGAUCUGGACACAUCGACGUUCGGUUGGGGCUGUGAUGAAAAGCCAUCGAUCAUCUUUAUCGUCAACGAAUAUUGAAUUUCUGCUCUACACUCGACGCGAUACAGGUGAUGAAGCUCACCGCCUGGAGCUAGGAAACAGGGAGUCUUUGGUUAGCUCCGCCUUCAGUCCGGAUCGCCCAACAAGAAUCGUCGUGCACGGGUGGCAAAACAGCAAAAGUUCACCGAUUGCGGAAAGCAUUCGCGAUACAUACCUGCUCCUGUGGGACUACAACGUGAUUGUGGUGGAUUGGUCCGCCUGUUCGAUGCACUGGAACUAUGUGCGUGCCGUCGGAUGCGUCCCGGUCGUCGGUCAAUCAUUGGCGCAGUUGCUCGAUGAACUUCAGCAGCACACGGGCCUAGCUAUGGAAUCGGUGUACAUUGUCGGGCACAGUCUUGGAGCUCACGUUGCGGGUAUCGCAGGCAAGAUGAUACAGACUGGACAGCUGCAUACGAUCAUCGCCCUCGAUCCGGCCCUACCACUGUUCUCGAUCCGUCAGCCAGAAAAUCGUAUCGGACCGCAGGACGCAAUGUACGUGGAGGUAAUACACACCAACGGUGGACUGCUCGGAUUUCUGCACCCGAUCGGGACGGCUGACUUUUACCCGAACGGUGGCACGCACCAGCCGGGCUGUGGACUGAACGUGGUCGGACUGUGUUCCCACUCGCGUGCCUGGGAACUGUUUGUGGAAUCGUUGCUAGAACCGGAGGAAAAGUUGCUGGCCAGCCGGGUCGAUUCGCUGGACGAGAUACAGCGUGAUGCUGGUGGUGCUCGUCCGUUGAAAAGCAACGCUCCCUACGGACCGUCGACGGAGCGGGUUAAAAUGGGAGGCGAACCAUCGAGUGCUGGACAGGCCCGUGGGCUUUAUUCUAUCACCACGCGCGAUAAAAGUCCAUUUUUCUCCUGAAACUAGGGUAGCGUAGCUUGCGCAACGUGUGCAUUAACGUUUAACCAAGGGCCGGAGAGGAUGCAUCAUCAGCCGCAUGCGCUAAGCCUGUAUCGAAUUGGAACCCAUUUUUCCCGCCAGUUGGAAAUAUGAGUUAGAUUAACGAUCAACGGCUUACUAAGCUAGCUUGCAAUUGGGAAUGAAAUUCGGUGGCAUUUAUUCGCAAAACACAAAAAAACAACGCAACCGUCAAAAACGGCUCAUCCUAAACCAUUCACACUUGGUGUCAUAAGCUAUUGUUUCAACGACUUUCGGACGCUGCAGUCGGAUUGCGUAAGUGUGUGAGUUAUUUUGCCGUCUAAAUUCGAUUACGAAUGUGCAACGGCUGUCUGUUGGGUGUUUACAAGGCAAGAAAAUUCCUCAGAGCUAUGCUUUUAGUAAUGGUUUAGCGGCAGUUCGUCAAUCAUCUAUGUCAAUGCAAGGCUGUUGGUUGGUCAUUAGUAUUAAAACGUGAUUUUCAUAUGCAACGUUUUUAAUUUGCAUUUGCAAUCGUGGUGUGCUAGAGAAGAACUUAAAGAGUAAGGAAAUUAAAUUGUAUAGUAUAACAGCAA